UUAAGUGUUUUGUUCUUCUUCGUUGUUUGUAUUUUUAUUUUUGAAAAAACAUUUUUGUUUCUUUUUCUUAUUUAAAUAAAAAAAUUGCAACUGUUUCAAACAAAAUGAGUGCUAAAGAACUCGAUGAUAAAUUUAAACAAUGGAAUCCCAUGGAAAAUGACUACAAAAACACCAAAUUCAAUCAUUAUGUUACUGGUCCAGGAGCAGAACUCGAUGCCGAACUACAGCCCGGGCAACAAGCUUUGCAAAAUUGCAACAAAGCAAAUAAAGAUGAUAAUAAUGCCGGCAAAAAGCAGGAGCAACAAGCUGUACCAACGUUGAUAUUUCGGCACUUGCCCAAAGAUAUGACCAAGAAGGCAAUGCAUAACAUUUGUUCGCGGCAUGGUCGUGUUAAAUCUGUUCGGGACAGUACUAAAAAUGAUUAUUAUUUUGUGGAUUUGGCUACAGUAGCUGAUAUGGAAGCAGUUUUUCGUGCUUUGGAACACAAUAACUAUGGUUUUGAAGUAUUAGUGGGGAAAAAUAAAAAACCAUCAGAUGGGGAAAGAAAUAAAGUGAAUCAAAAUUAUAGCCCAGUACCACCACAGAACACGGGCAUUGAUUAUCAAAAUCGUAGUUAUCGUACAUCGAAAAAGCAACAUCCUCGUCCGAAUGUUAAGGAAGACUCGCUUAUUAAUAGGAACAGCGCCAGUGCAGUUGAUACGGGACUUCCUUUGCAACUUUUGACAGAUGAUGCCCACAGUUUGGAGCGUCAGGGUCUUUAUAAAAUGCCAAAUAAUCAGAAAUUUAAUUAUCGCAAUGGUCGUUCUUAUGUAAACAUGCCGGAGAAUACAAAAAAAUUUAUUGAGAAAAAACAUAACGAAUCUUCGGGUACUUACAAUGGCACCUCCAACAAAUAUGAACAUAAACCAGGAAAUUGUGUAAUGGCUAAGGACUUCGAUAGAUGUUCUGUAUGUUUUUACGCUUGUGACACUGUCUGCAGCCGCUGUUCCCAGCACUAUUGUAGUGCUGAGUGUCAAAUAAGUGAUUGGCCUCAACAUCGUUAUAAAUGUGGAAAACCAAAACAUUUACAAAAAACUCCACCACCAAAAAAACCAAACGAAUUGAACAAAAACUCCUCAAAUAAUUCAAAGAAUACGAAUAAUGAAAAUCUUACAACUACCAAAGAAAAAUUAACGAAAAACAACGAAAGUAAUUCUAAACAACAAUUACCAAGUUCUUCGAAAGGUUUGGUCAAUAAACCUACAAGUUUGAAUGGAAACGAUUUGCAACUCCCAAGUAGCUCUAAAAUCGCGACAAACCCAGAAAAGCAACCUACAAAUGAUUCGGGAAAUUCUACAAAAAGUGCUGCUCAGCAAAAUAUGCCGCGUAGUGGUAAUAUUGUUACCAUAACAGCAAUUUCAAAAACCAACGUAGUUUUCAUACGUUCCAAAACUUAUGAUGACAAUUUGAGUUAUUUCAAUACAAUCGAUUCUCUACAAGCUAUAGGUAAAUUGCUGCAGCCUUUGAAAUCUCCACCUAAUUGUGGUCGAAUGGUUAUUGCCAAAUUUGAAAAUCAAUUCAAUCGUGCAUUGGUUCUACAGGCCACAAAUGACGAAAGAAUUUUAAUUAUUUUUGUGGACUAUGGUAAUUUGGAACAAAUGAAAUUGGAAGAUUUAUAUGAAGCACCCGAUGAGUUUGUUUCAAAGCCACGUCAUGCUAUACCAGUUUUGUUAAAAGAUGUUCCUGAUCUGCACAUGACACAAGAAAUACGCAAAUUUAUGUAUACGUACUUGCAUAAUAUAAAUGUGGAAAUACGCUAUAAACCAGAAGAUUUUCUUGAAACCAAUCAAAUUUAUGCUGUGGAACUAAUUGAUGAGAAUACUCAACAGAAUUUAAAUAAAAUGAUUGUUAAAUUAUCGAAACCUAUGGAACCACAAAAUUCCAAUGAAAUAUGUAAUCGUGGGUAUUUGGAGCAAAAAGUUUUACCCACUGGUGAUGAUGUGGAAUUUUUUGUUAUGGACAAUUCCUUAAUGAGUUCUGGCUGCAUAUCUUGCACCAUCAAACCCUAUGUCAUUGAAAUACAAAAAUUCCAAAAAGAAUUACAAACCUAUGCAGAAUCUAUACCCGAAGAAGCUUAUACACCAAGAGUCGAUGAACUUUGUAUUGCUCGUUAUAGUUUAGAUGGUUUAUGUAAUCGGUGGCAUUUGUUUAGAGCCGUAGGUGAUGGUCAUCCUCUAUACAUUUUAGUUGAUGAUGGUAAUAUGACCAUUGUACCAAUUGAAAAUAUACGCCGUUAUCCGAGGCAUCAUAUCUAUUCUAUCUAUCUUACAAUUUGCAAACUUAAUAUCUUGUUAUGCUUAGGUUUACCAGAAGAAUGUGAUGAUAAACUGAUUGCCAAACUUGAACAAAUAAUUCCUAAUAAUGAAAUUAUUAAAUGUGACAAUGUUACCACAAUCGAGGGAGAGAAUUUCUAUAUCAUUUCUUUGCCCAAUGUUAUCAGGGAGUUAAAUGUUUGUGGUCUUCUUGAAAGUGAUGAGCGUGUAAUAAAACUAUAAAUGAAUUCACAACCUUGCCGUAAAGGAGGAUAUGUUAUAUGUGAUUAGGAACAGAACUUUGUUAUGAACAUUCUGUUAAAAAAAUGAAUUAACCCACGUAAAAAAUGUCGUAUCAUACAUUUAGAUGUCAUUCCAUACAACAUCGAUUGUGAAUUGAACAUAUACAAAAACAUAAAUAUUUUUAUAACUUCACGAAAUCUGGCUAUUCCAUAUUAUUGUUUAGAUUAAGAAAAUUAUUCUAAAAUAACAAUUCCACGUAAUUAAAAAAAGAUUUUUAAAAUUUUUAAGAAACUAAAUUUGUUAACAGAUUAUUAACUUUAUAUACAUAUAUUUUAAAUGUUUAGAACAUUGACCUUGUUAUAAAUGAUU